GGCGUUGUGCUGGGAAAUUGGAUGUGGUAAAGAUCCCUGAUACGAAUGUCAUUAAGCUAAAAAAAGGAAGCCGUCAGGUUCUUGAAUGGAAUUUUAUUUGUGCUGGAGACAUAUUUUUGAGCGCAGUCAUAUGCCGAAAUGGAAACCACGAUCUCAUAUCAAGUUUGGAUAGUUACUACAAAAUAACUCAAAAGCGUUCACAAAAGAAUAACGAAGUUUCACUCCAACACACAAUAACUAUUUCCAACUUUUCAAGGAGUGAGAAUAUUACAUGUACAACUGACAUCCAAAGUUCACCAUCGGCGACGUUCGUUCUUCUUGAAGAAGGUAAGGAGAUUCAUGUAAAUUAUAGUGAGCUCUUGAACGGCGCAAAGUAUAUAGCGAUUAAUAUUGCCAUUUCUGAAAUAAGAGACUGAAAUAUGUUCAAACACUCUCAACAAUCCGUAGUUGUAACUAAUUAUUAAGGAUAAAUAAUUAUUCGCCAAUGAGAAGUAAUUGUUGGGAAUUAUAAACCAUAUAACUGCCUGAGGCUGAAGAGAAUAAUCAGCAUCAAUUUUCCAACAAAACUAAGAAAAGAAGGAGAUAGGAAAUGGCUUAAUUUACAUUUGACUUAACUUAAGCACACAGUGAUAGUUGGAAGCGGAUGCGUGUUUCGAAAGUCUUUUGACUUUCAAAGUUUGUCUGAAUUUUGAAUUAUAAAAACAAUCCUCUUUUACCCUUUUCCCACAUGCAUCUUGCUUGGUGCAGGAAACAUUUUGAUUCGCGGUUGUCUGCCUUCUUUGAUUAGCUAGGUUUCAAUCAUGUAUGACGGUGAUUGACAUCCUGAAAACCAUGCAUGCAGGGUUAGCCAUAAAACUAUACUGCUAUGCGACCAAAUAACAAUGAGUUGAUUCUUGAAUAGUUGUCAGUCAAAUUGGUGUUUGAAAUAGUAACCGAUUAUAAUUUUUGGCUCAUGAUGGCCAUGCAAACUAAGGGCUUUAUUUCGCCUCGUUUUAUCAGUUAGUCAGCUAUGCUUGGACUAAAGACAUUAAUUCCAAUAAUGGAAUUUUAUAAGAAUUCCAUUAAUUAAGCAUCAAACAAAAAAUGAGCAUGUUAUUUACCGCUUGGGUUGACCGCAACAAAUACAUAUUUUUCAAAAGCAUCCCAGUAACAAUACGUAUAUAAAAAAUAUCGGAUGAAUAGGACCUAACAUAUAUAUGAAUUAUUCUCACAUCUGGGUAUGAGGAUGUUAUGCUCGUAGAUGUGCAAUAGUGCUGAAAAUAUGAAAUUCCCUCUUUCGUCAGAAAGCUCUCUAGCAUUGCGUGCAUCGCAAACUAAUGAAGAUUUUCCUAUAGACGUAUUAUUCUCAAUAUUAUUUUAUUUUAUGCGUAUAUAUAGGUCAACCGUCGGUUGUUGAUCAAAGACAAAAAGACGAAAAAAGUUUUUUCAAAGAGAAAGGAGUUUGGUUAGUGGCUGGUGGCUGUGUAUUACUGUGUCUUGUUGUAGCUCUUUUACUUUUAUGGUUAAGAAGGAAUGCUAG